AUGAAGAGUCUUCGAAGCAAAGAUCGGUUACAAGAACCUGUACUCACGCACAGAUACCUAGCAUCGCGCUUCUUCAAGGACAAGUCCAGUCCGGAGAAGAAGGCGGCUGUCAACGACAAGCUGGACGUGGAAUACAAUGCUGGUAUCCAGGGAGCUAUCACCAAGAAACCUUCCCGCUUCUUUGGCCGCAAGUACGACAAGUACGACAAGCUGAACAAGCCACUGCCGGCUCUGCCGUUGAACUCGUCGUCGUCUACUAUUCUUGCUCCAGUUGAAAACAAGACUGCUGCGCGUGAGCACAACGACGAUUUUGACAAUCUGUCGGAUUAUGACGAUGACAACGACUUAGAGUCCCCUCAGUGCCCAUCCACUGCAAAACGCACGCGUACAGGCGGUCUGGAGACAGCAAAGCUAAAGUCGUACUCCAGCCUCGCAACACUGAGAAGCAAGAGCUCCCGCAUCUUCAGCGGCAAGAUGACCACUUCCUCACACUCUCCCCCACCCCCGCCUCUGCCCCAGAUCCCAGUUGACAUUGCCUCAAUCUACGCGCAGCGCCCGAUCGCCACCGCGAGCUCCACGUAUCGCAGCACACACAGUGCUCGGUCACUGUUCGCCAAUCCCCACGACCGCAGCAUCUCCAUCUCGCGUCCGCAGCUCAGAGCACAGGUAUCCAGUCCCCCCGUCCUCGAGCGUACCAGCACCAUUCCAUAUGACAAGCGCCCCGGUCCAGCACCCGUCCGCCCUGUUCGUCCCGCUAGCCUAGACGACGAGACGGCGGCUUUCAUGCGCGAAACCAAUACUCGCAUGGUUCUCCCGCGCCGCACCCGCGACACCAGCAGCACUGCCACGACGUCGACGCUCCGCAGCCACAGCAGCUCCAUCGAGGCGCGCCUGGGCAUCCCCUGCGGCCACGGUACGGUUGGUUGGUGGAGUGGGGUGGAAUACGGUGUAGGUGUAUGCUGUAUGCUGUAUGCUGUAUGGAAUGUGAUGUGGAGAGCUGGGUUAUGA